CUCCCCAGGAAGAUCCCAAAUCCUCUGGCGACGUCUCGGAGGAGCUGAGCAGGCAGCUGGAGGAUAUCCUGAGCACCUACUGUGUGGAUGCCAGCCAGGAGAACCCAGGGGAGGAUGGGGGGCACGGGGAGCCCCCCGAGGAGCCCGACAGGGGGCGCAGUGACUCCCCCAGGAACGGCGAGCAGGAGCCGGGGGGCCCCGAGAUCAAUGGCGAGAAGGAGAACUCCAAGGGCAGCGAGGAGGCCGGGGACAGGGACCACAGGAGAGCUCAGGAGAAGAAGAAAGCCAAAGGUUUAGCCUGUGCCGGGAGCUGCAGCGGCACAACCGCACCCUCAAGGAGGAGGGCGUGCAGCGUGCCAGGGAGGAGGAGGAGAAGAGGAAGGAGGUGACCUCUCACUUCCAGGUGACCCUGAACUGCUGAAGGAAGCUGUGGAGUCCCAGAGGAUGUGUGAGCUGAUGAAGCAGCAGGAGACCCACCUCAAGCAGCAGCUGGCUCUGUACACUGAGAAGUUUGAGGAGUUCCAGAACACCCUUUCCAAAAGCAGUGAAGUGUUCACAACGUUCAAACAGGAGAUGGAGAAGAUGACCAAGAAAAUCAAGAAGCUGGAGAAGGAGACCACCAUGUACCGCUCCCGCUGGGAGAGCAGCAACAAGGCCCUGCUGGAGAUGGCAGAGGAGAAAACCCUGCGGGACAAGGAGCUGGAGGGGCUGCAGGUGAAGAUCCAGCGCCUGGAGAAGCUGUGCCGCGCGCUGCAGACGGAGCGCAACGACCUCAACAAGAAGGUGCAGGACCUGUGUGCCCACACAGAGCUGCUGGAGCCCCUGAAGGAGGCACCACGGGACAGCUCUGAGGCUGCUGCAGAUCCCCCGAGCCCAGGAAAGGCCCCACGGAGCCCGGAUCCCACGGGAAGCCUGGCAGAACUGAGCACGGGGCAGAGCGGGACUGAGCAGGGCACUGACUGAGCCCCAGCUGGGUGAGGGAGGGGGGACCUGGGAGCUGCUUUAGAUUCCACUCUCCCUGUCCUGGGCCAGCUGGGAAAAGGACAGGACACAGCCCUCCUGGGGAUGGGAGAUUGCCUAGUUUAGGUUUUUGGAGGGAUUUUUUUAAAAGAUUUUAUAUAUAUAUAUACAUAUAUAUAUAUAAGAUAUAUAAAAAUGUGCAGGGCAACAAUUUAUAUCUAUGGAAAGAAGCAGAAGGGCCCAGCUCCCUGCCUGUGUGAAUAUUGAAAAUCUGGAGGCUCAGCUGAUUGUCCCUCUCACUAAAGGACCUGGGGACAGGCACAGGGACAAGGGACACGCCACCACCACCACAAGGACUCCACUCUGGAGUGACAGCAGAGCUGGGAGGAUUCCAGAACAUUCCCAGCACUGGAUUCUCCCUCUUCCCCCUGCCAGGCAGGAGGAGCUCCUGGUCUGGCCCUGCUCGUGUGUGAGCUGAGGGCACCAGAGGCCGUUCCCUGCUCUCCAUGGACUCUGUGUCUGCACUGGGGACCAGGAGAAGCAGCAAAAGGGGGUGCCUGGUCCCUCCCUUGGGAUUUUUUUUGCUCUUGCCAGGCCCUGCCAAUCUCAAAACCGCCUUAUAAUUCACAGUUGCCUCUUUGCUGAACGCACACGUGCACAAAGUGUAUUAAACAGUUAUCCCAAAGGUCUCAUUCCCAAGUGUUGGCAUCGUUGUGCACAGGGACUGGGGAGGUGCCCCCCAGCCCUGGAGGCAUCCACGGAGCUGGGACUGCAGGAGGAUCC